UUCAGAAAUGUGACAAUAAUUCUAAACUCACUAUUUCAUCUUCAAAACUAACUCCAUUUCACCAUUUGCUUUCAAACAAUAUAUGCACAUAUUGAGAUUGAUUCAUAUUAGUUGUUUGUGUAGUUGGAAUGAGUGAAGAUAAUCCCACUUAUGAACCUGAUGAUCGUAGCUCAAAUUCUUUCACUUCACCACCUUGUUCACCUAGUUUAACUCAACCACUUUCCAAACCUCAAAAAUCUAAAUCAAGAAACAUGAAAAGAAACCGAGAUACAAGCACCAGACACCCCGUCUACCGAGGUGUUCGUAUGCGUAAUUGGGGGAAAUGGGUGUCUGAAAUACGUGAACCAAGGAAGAAAUCCAGAAUAUGGCUGGGGACAUACCGAAACCCUGAAAUGGCUGCACGAGCACAUGAUGUUGCGGCGCUUAGCAUUAAGGGUAAUUCGGCUAUUUUUAAUUUUCCUGAUCUGGUGGGGUCAUUACCCCGACCAGUCUCCUCGUCCCCAAGGGACGUACAGGCAGCUGCAGCAAAAGCUGCUGCCAUGGAAAAAUUUGAUUUUCCUAUGACACCAUCUACAGUAUCUUCAGAAGAACUAAGUGAGAUAACUAAGCUUCCAAUUCUUGGUCCGGGCUUGGACUCGGAGGAGCCUAACAAUGAGUUUGUGUACAUUGACUCGGUGGUGGAUGGGUGGUUAUAUCCACCACAAUGGAUAAAUAACGGCGGAGAUGUCGACGGUGGGCAUGUUUCUGAUCAGAAGAAUGUGAUUUCUUGUGACAUCGAAUCUUUAUUGUGGAAUUAUUAGUAUGUUUUCUUGUGUGUCUUCAUUUUAUUCUUUUAAAACCUUUUCGUUCUUCACUAUAAAAAAAUCCAUCUAAAAAAUAUAUAUUUA